GACAGGGACUGGGACUCAGAACCGACACCCCUGCUCUCUCUAACUGUAGACUGACUAGUCCCCUGAGGAGAGGACUAUCUUCAGCUUUGGGUGGGGAAUCUACCUCUUCUGUGGCUUGAUGGACAUAACAAAGCAACUCAGGUUUAAGUUCUUCAUUCUCUUCAUUUCUACCUUCCUGUUCAUCUUCGUUGUCACUGUUGUAUCACCUGAUAUCUCUAGGUACCUCCCAAAGGUGCCUAAGCCUCCUAAAGUAUGCCCUAUAUGGACUGCGGAUGGCACCAUCACCCCCCUAAACAAUACGGACCACUUCUUGGUUUCAGCCUUCAUGGACCAGAGAGUGAAAGGAUUUGAUUUACGCAUUAUUGGCAUAUUUAAAAGAAACUCCAUCAAACCUCUUUACUGUCUUUUCUGCUGUGCAGGACAGCUUUCAAAUACAACGCCAACAAAAAUUUUACAACAUAGCGACAACUUUGGUUUUCCCUUCGUCACAACGGACAUCAUGUGUCCAAUUCCAAAAGACUGCAACGCUACACAUGUGACUCUUCAGACUCAUCCAGGAAAAGUGGCUGUAUGUGACAAGCUUUGGCUUCCUAUAAGAAACCAGAAAAACAAAGCGAGCAAUGAGGAAAAGCUUCAGUUUAACUUUACUGUCUGUAUCUCGAACCUGUUUGGAGAAUACAACAACGUUCUUCAGUUUGCACAGACGCUGGAGAUGUACAGGUUACUGGGCGUUGACAGGGUGGUGAUCUACAACACCAGCUGUGGCCCAGAACUGGAUCGUCUGUUGAAGACUUACAGCAGGACUGACUUCGUGGAGAUGGUUCCCUGGCCCAUUGACCUGAUGAUGACUCCGUCUAGAGGAUGGCUUUUCUCUCAGAGCGGGGGGGACCUGCAUUACUUCGGUCAGCUGACCACACUUAAUGAGUGUAUUUACAGAUCCAUGGAGCGGUCCCGCUAUGUCCUGUUGAACGAUAUUGAUGAGAUCAUAAUGCCAUACAAACACAACAGCCUGAUGUCUCUGAUGAGCAUGCUGCAACAGCAGCAUCCAAAGACAGGUGUAUUCCUCAUUGAGAACCACAUCUUCCCCAAGAAAUAUUUCGAACCAAGUGGGAGGUUUCAUCUUUCUCAGUGGGACAAGGUGCCAGGAGUUAAUAUUUUGGAGCACAUCUACAGAGAAGCCCCUGACAGAAGCAAAUACCACCCACACAAGAUCAUAGUUCAACCAAGGUCUGUGGAGCAGGUUUCAGUGCAUGAAGUGCUCAAGAGUUUCGGAGCGCCAUACAAAGUCCCACCGGAUGUUUGUCGAAUCAUUCACGUCCGCGUUCCUCUGAGGCGGAAACUAAAGUUCGAGGAGCUAAAUGAGGACAAACGACUGUGGGACUUUCAUGAAAGACUGAUUCCUAACGUGGACAGAGCUCUGAAGAGAGCGGGGCUGCUGGGCUCAGAGGAGCACAAGUGACAGGUGGGAUGGAGCGGUCAAAUCUCUUCCAGUGGGUUGAACGCUAAAAGGGCAGGGAAUGUGAGCGUCACCACUUUUUGUUCGGCUGUUUUUUUGUACUUCUUUAUGUCAAUCUAGCUGGUUUCCAAAGAUUUAAAACGAAAAAUUACUUGAACAGUUUUUGCAAGCCAUGCUUGAGAAAGCAUUUGAUCACUGUUGAACAAUUUGUCCAAACAUGGUUAAAAGUCCUGUAGCAAUGUAUUCAUCCAAGUGUAAGGCAAGUUUUAACCAGUUUAAGGAAAAGUGGCAAAGCAAAAUGUGUGCAAAAAUGACUAGAAAAGGGCUUGUCUAUUUAUUUUUAACAGUUUCUUAAUCAUUCCACACAUACUGUUGCCUUUUUAAUUUAUUUAUGGUGAAGAUAACUGUCGGUGGACAUUGAAGCCAUUUGUGAUUUGUGUUGCUUGUGUCCAUGUCUUUUUAAAUGCCAAAACCUCCCGAAAUGUGAAGAAAAACAUGUUGACUUUUAUGACUCCUUCUUUUUAUUUUUACACAAAUAUAAAAGCACUUAAAACCAGGUAGAUGAGUGAUUGUGGCUGUGGUUUCACUUCAAGAGGCCCUGAACAUGGGAAUUAAUCAAAGCAGUAAGAAAAAAUUCUUCCUUACUUCGAGUUAAGUCUACAAAAUCUUUAAAGACAGGGUAAAAGGCUUUUUCUAAAACUCGGACAACUUCACAUACUUUCCCUGAUUAGGGGGUUUUAAUGUCUACAAGACAAAGCAAAGAAUUAGACUGAACCACAGGGGCAUCUUAAAGUAAAGCUUUCCAAAUUCACAGCAUUUGCUAACUAAAGUAAAACUGCAGCUGAAGACUGGUUAAAAUAAUCUAAUAGAGCUCAGACUGAAAAUAUUCAUCAGGCACUGACAGGAGUAAACAUUAUUUGAUGUUGUGUGUCUGGUGAGCUGAUACAGUCCAAUAUACCAUACGUCCUUCUCUAUAUAUGCUAUAGUGCCAAAAGUAUUUGCUCACCUGCCUUGACUCGCA